AUGUCGGUCUCCUUUGAUCGACAAGUAACCAGCAGGGUGCCUCUCCUUCUUCUCCGACUGAAAUACCAGCCAAUUCUUGGAUUGUCCGGACCUUCUGAAAUCUAUCUCGAUAAUGUUACACAAAACCAACAGCCCCAGCACAGCUACUUACUCUCUCAUUUAUUUUCUGUAUCAUUAAAUUCGAGUUUAGCUGAAGGCAGUUGGAAUUGGGCCAUAUCAGAGAUGGCAGAUCAACCGAAAGGAGGGGAAAAAGUUUCCGGCCGUGGUACACAGCAAGCGAGAAGGCCGAUCGGUGGAAAUAACGGUACUGCGAUCCAUGGCAGAGGGCGACCCGUGGUAUCGAAAACCACCACACUGACAAAAAUGACAGCAGGUGCGCCGGCAAUCGCACGGUCGCGAUCUGCCGUGGCACCCACGACGUGUGGUUCAUCUCUGGUCUGUAGGAAUAAGAAGGGGCCUCCACUUUUGUCAACUGGUACGAAAGAAGGUGGAAGUGGAGAACAGGGAGCUCGGUCGCUGAAGAACUGUCCUUCCGGACGACGAGACGGAGGAUGUGAUACGUUCCCCAAGGAGGUUCUUGCUGAUUCUCAUUGCGGGGUUGUACAUCGCGCACGAAGCUCUUCGACUGCUACGAUGGUGCGGAGGAAAAAAGAUGAAAAACACGUCGAACACCUCCCCGCCACAACUGCCGCCGUUGUGCCAGUCCGGCCUGCUCCGUAUAAUAAUCGGCACGUCGUGGUUCCUUACCCUACGCGGCACACUUCUGCGUGCUCGGCGGUGUGCGCGUUUUUCUGCAAGGUCGUCUCGGUCAACGUGCUGAACCUUCCGCUGGGUUUCGUAACCGGGCUCGCCUUUCACUUGUUCUUCUUGGAGAACAAUCUGGGGCACUACGUCGGCGAACUGGCGACUGCCAUCAAAAACGGGGACCCAGCCGCGCCGAUCUUCCGAGACCCCGAGCCCAACGCGCCCGAGAGCCACUUUGUGCGGAGUUUGCGCGUCUGCCGCCAACUGCAGCGGUCCGAGAAGGAGGAUUUGCUGCUUUUGAAGGAGGAGGUGACGUUUCUGCUAGCGAAACUGGGCGAAAUGCAGAAGGUUGUCUCCGCUCGGUUUCCGGAAGUCGUCUCCAACGAUGAGACAACGUACCAAAGCUUCAUUGAGCUGCAAAACAAAUUCGACGCUGACGCGAGGCUGUCUGGUGUUAGUAAACUGGGACGGCAUGAUGAGCGGGACCCAAUUGAUGUUGACCAGGUCUUGGAGCUGGGUUCACAGGAGCAAGAAAAGCGGCAGGCUCGGAGCAGGAGGUUCUUUUUGGAACAUCAGAGUCCAAUACGUGGCCCGAGCCAAGAUCAUGACCGAGUUGAAAAUGUUCAUUAUCAUGAUAUCAGUAUUGCAACUUCCACCACUUCCGCGUACUCAUCUCGUUCCUUCUCUCGAGAAACGAGCGUCUCGGAAAGUGUCGCUCCACUAGUACGUGUUGAUCCUGUUCCUGGCACGACGAGUCCAUCAGGACAGCACGACGGGGAGGAAGAGGAAGAAGCCGCUACUUCUGCCCACAACUCUAGUACUGUUCAACAUCCCGUGGACGAUCGUCCUCUCUCACCGGGGGGUUUUCCCGGCUUCAACAACCGUAGGGGGGAACAAGGAAUUUUAAACGCGGAAACAGCGGGAGCGCUCCUCCUGUGAGGACGACUUAGUAGUGGCGUGGUUUCAUCCCGUGCGAUGGUGCCACAGGAGGGGGAGGGUGCGGGGCAGGAGCAAGAAGUAGUUUAUCCGAGGGAAUAUGUAGUUGGUACGAGAACUGUUCCGGCGCACGACGACCCUGUACACCAACAACUACCUGGCGGCAACUCAUGGGGUUUUCUCAACUUUCGUGGACCUCUGCGGCAACGGCGAGGAACAUGAUGACCGUGAAGUUGGUGUCUAGUCUGUGUGUUCUUUCUCAUCAGGAACAUCAAAAGCGUUUGCGCCUCGCAAAGAGACGCAUUCGCUACCAGUUUUAUUUUUGACACAAAAGUAGAGAUGACUAUAUCACCUUGAUGUUGACAUCUUACGCACUCCUUUCUGGAAGUAGUGCGCAAUGAAGAAAAGAAAACCGACAGCGAGAUCAACAAAUAGAACUAAAAGGAGAC